UGGGAAAAACACGUGGUUUUUUAACUAACCGGAAUUAACCUUGUAUACCUAGAUAACAGUAUGUUGCACGAAAAUACCUGCGAAAACUUUUAAUAUUGGCCGAAAAUGGGAAAACAGAAAAGAGACAGAAGGAAACCUCACAAGGAAAAUCCUACGGGGCUUUUAUCUGUUAAAGACUUUGAAGUGACGGAAGCUGAGAAUGUUAUUAACGAAGAUCGAGAAACUGCUCUUCAAAGAGCAUACGAAGAAAUACAGUCUGUUAAUGUUGAAGAAAAACUAUCAGGAUUACAGACAUUAGAGUCAAUGUCUUGUGAUUCAGAACUUGCUGUACAGAUUGCAAAAGAUGGAAUUGCAAAAAUGAUAGGGCCAUUACUUAUUGAUCGUAAUGUACUUGUAAGAUCAGGAAGUGUGAGUGCUUUAAGGUAUAUUGCAGAUAAUGGAAAAGAAGAAGCAUAUAACAGUUUAAUGAAGGAUGAUAUCAUGACCCCACUCUGUAGUUCAUUGAAACAAUACUAUAUAGACUGGCAGCCAACACUAAAUCAAAGUGAAAAAAGUAAAGUAAAUAAUGAAAAAGAAGCCUUUGUCCAAGCAGUCACAUUGUUAUGGACAUUGUGUGAAAACAAUGAGUAUGCAAUAAAGUACUCUAACGAAGAGGAUCUCGUAUCUAUUUUAACAAAAUUCCUUGAUAUUACUGUUUAUGGUAUGGAAAUUGCCACUGUUACUGUACAGUGUUUAUUGUCUUUAUCAGAAGAUAAUUCUAUUGCUGUGAAAAAACUUAAAUGUUGUGAAAAUACGCUUCUACAAUUGCUAAGUCUAGAAUCAAAUGAUACCAAUGAAUCAGAAAUAGUAUGCCUUAAAACUGCUGUAACAGGAUUACUGAUUGGUUUAUCUAACUGUGUGGAAAAUAAUUCAAUGAGUACAGUUUGUAAAGCAAUAAUUGGUCUCUCUGAAACACUUUCCAUUGAUUGCAAACAACUGAUGUGCAACUUCAUAUCAAUUUUGCCUUACGAAAAAAAUGCUUUCUCAAAUAUCCAUAAGAAGAAAGUACAGGACAGUAGAAAAUUGUUUGGAGCACAGCAACAAGCAUUAGAAAUUUUAGCUAAUUUAUGUUCCGAAGAUCAGGAAAGUGACAAUGAUUCCAAUUUGGAAGAUUCAGAUUGUGAGAUUGAUGGUAUAGAUGAUAUCUGCAUGAGUGAUAAAUUGAAUAAAAUGAACUUAUCUUUACCUCUAGAAAUAAUUGAGGUCUUCAAUAGUUGUAACAUAAUCGCAAAAGUAUGGGAUAAAACUACAGCAGUGGAUAAAGAUACAGUAGAAAUAUUGGAACAGAAUGGCGAUGGAAAAGCUAUUUUGCAUCAAAUGCAUACCCUAAACUGUAGAGCAUAUCUGUGUUUAAACAAUUUAAUAUCGUGUUUAGAACUUGAUGCACUUGGUGGUAUGGAAAAAAUAUAUAGAAUGUGGGUCAAUAUUGGAACAGUUGUUUUCAAAGAUGCAAAUCCAAAUGAUACUGAAUUAUUGGAAUCUGCUACUGCAGCCAUGAGGGCGAUUCUUCAAAAAUUAUCCGAAGUUAAACCCAAUGUUUUUAACCAGUUAACUUUAACUGACUUGCAACCAAUGUUAAACGGAGAACGCCAAUGUACAAAUGCUAAUGUUCGAGCAAAUUUGUUACGAAUAUUGGGAAAUUUUGCUUUGAUUUUAAUAAAUAAUAACGUUCCUCAAACUCACGAAUUAGUUAAGCAAGUAACAGUGUUCUUAUUAGAUGCUUGUAUGACGGAAUCGAAGGCGUGGGUUAUAGCAGAAGCUUUGGAUGCAAUAAUGGAUAUAUAUUCGGAAGAUGACAGCGAUCAGCUAGCCCAUGAGAUUGAAUUAGUAGGAAAAUUGCACGCUUUAGUACCGCUGUUUAAGAAUAAGGUGCGGCAACAGAAAAAGUCUUUAGGAGACAAUGUCGCAAUUGUGUCCACGGUAAACGGAAAUAUCACCAGAUUUAUAAAGUAUAAAGACAAAAGGAUAAGAAAUAUUUAAAUUCGUAAGAUUAACACUAUUAAUGCGAAUUUAUUUUACUAUUGUGUUCUUAUAUAUAACUUCUAAUAUUUUGUCAAGACAUGUACUACUGUACAUUACUAGACUGAAAUAAAAUAUUUACAUUAUAA